UCAAAUAGUGAUAAAAGGCAUCAGCAACACAAUUCAGUUAAUAAGCAGCAACACGAUUCAGUGAAAAAGAAACCAGUCACAGCCAGAAGUCUAGGACGCUUCAACAAAGCCAAAAUUACGCACACUUUCAGCAACCACAGAAACCAUAACGUCAAGACGAGGGAAAGUCUACAUAACUUUCAUCAACUGCGUGAAAAACAAGACGAUGAUCAAUCAUCAGUUGAUUAUGAAGCAGAAGAUGAAAACGAGGACAAGCAAAAGCAGCGAUGCCAUAGAAAUGAGAAUGAACAUUUAAUACAUGUACAGAAUUUUUUAAAAUGUUUCGGACCCACUGCCUAUGCGACAACCGCAGCGAGUACAAUACCUUCCCAGGUCCCAGUAGCAGGAACAACGACAACAACAACCUCGGUGACAACACUCAGUACAGAGCUACGUAAUUGGCGUCAGAAUUAUCGCAGUCCUUCAACAUGCACAGCAGCAAUAUCAUCUACAUCUGUGGCAACAACGAGUGCAAUACCUCCAAUUCAAUCACAAAACCACACUCAUUCCUCAAACAAGGAUAAAUUACCUAAAUUUCAGAUAAAUGCAAAAUUUUUACGAAAACCCCGCAAUAAAUUAAUGAAACUGUUGCACACAACAACAACAACAACGACGACAACCACGUCAGUAGCAAGAAAUUCAGAGCAAACUGAAAAGCAGCCACUUAGCGAACAAUUGCAGACUUUCAACGAUGAUUCCAACGCCAAAUUUAAAGACUUUUCAAUCGACUCGUUAUUGAAUAAGUAAUUAAAGCAAGAGCCUCUACAAAUUAAAGAAAGGAAGGAACCAGCAGCAAUUUACAAUGAAUAAGAUGUAGUAGCCUUCCAAUUUCAUAGCCCAAUAUACUUAUGAACCUCAGAAAUCCACAAAACCCACGCGUUCCUAAUUUCCUUCAAGAAAAUCACAAAUACAAACAACAAAAAUUAUACACAUUUAGCCAAUAUCAAAAUAUGUAGAAUUAAUAAACAAAUCGAAUUAAU